GGUCAUGGCGGAGGCGGCUGAGGCGACGGCGUGGCGGCUGUUGCUGCUCGUGCUGGGCGCCUGGGGGCUGGAGGCCGCGGGCGUCCCGCGUCCCCCCAACAUCCUCCUCAUGCUCAUGGACGACAUGGGGUGGGGCGAUCUGGGGGUGUACGGAGAGCCCUCCCGGGAGACCCCGAACUUGGACCGAAUGGCAGCAGAAGGGAUGCUUUUCACGAACUUCUACGCGGCCAACCCCCUGUGCUCCCCGUCGAGGGCGGCCCUGCUCACGGGGCGGCUGCCCAUCCGCAACGGCUUCUACACCACCAACGGCCACGCCAGGAACGCCUACACGCCCCAGGAGGUCACGGGCGGCAUCCCCGACUCCGAGCGCCUGCUGCCCGAGCUCCUGAAGGAGGCCGGCUACGCCAGCAAGAUCGUGGGCAAGUGGCACCUGGGCCACAGGCCUAAAUACCACCCCCUGAAGCAUGGAUUCGACGAGUGGUUUGGCUCCCCCAACUGCCACUUUGGACCCUACGACAACAGGGUCCGGCCCAACAUCCCCGUGUACAGAGACUGGGAGAUGGUCGGCAGGUAUUAUGAAGAAUUUCCCAUCAACCUGAAGACAGGGGAGGCCAACCUCACUCAGCUCUACCUGCAGGAGGGCCUGGACUUCAUCAAGAGGCAGCACGCUGCCCAGCGCCCCUUCUUCCUCUACUGGGCCGUGGACGCCACGCACGCCCCCGUCUACGCGUCCAGACGCUUCCUGGGCAGCAGCCGGCGUGGGCUGUACGGGGAUGCCGUCCGGGAGAUCGACCACAGCAUCGGGGCGAUCCUGAGUCUGCUCCAGGACCUGGGCGCCGCGAACAACACCUUCGUGUUCUUCACGUCCGACAACGGGGCCGCCCUCAUCUCUGCCCCCAGACAAGGCGGCAGCAACGGGCCCUUCCUGUGCGGGAAGCAGACCACGUUCGAGGGCGGGGUGCGGGAGCCCGCCAUCGCCUGGUGGCCCGGCCACAUCCCCGCCGGCCAGGUGAGCCCUCAGGUGGGCAGCGUCAUGGACCUCUUCACCACCAGCCUGUCCCUCGCUGGCCUGCAGCCGCCCCGGGACAGGGUCGUGGACGGCCUGGACCUCCUCCCCGCCAUGCUGCAGGGCCGACUGACUGACAGGCCCAUAUUCUAUUACCGGGGCAACGCGCUGAUGGCGGUCACCCUCGGCCGGUACAAGGCUCACUUCUGGACCUGGACCAAUUCCUGGGAGGAGUUCAGACAGGGCAUCGACUUCUGCCCCGGGCAGAGCGUCCCCGGAGUCACCACACACACGCAGGAGGAGCACACGAAGCUGCCCCUGAUCUUCCACCUGGGGCGCGACCCCGGGGAGCGGUUCCCCCUCAGCCUGGAGGACGCCGAGUACCAGCAGGCGCUCGGCUGGAUCACCCUGGCCGUGCGGCAGCACCGGGAGUCCCUGGUCCCCGGGCAGCCCCAGCUCAACGUGUGCGACCCGGCUGUAAUGAACUGGGCACCCCCAGGAUGUGAGAAGUUGGGAAAGUGCCUGACGCCCCCGGAAUCUGUCCCCCAAAAGUGUUUCUGGCGCCACUAGCACCUGCACUGUGGCCGCAAGUGCCCAGGCGCGGGGCAUCUACGUGGGAGGAGCCCUGCUGCCUUCUGCCCAGCCUGCUGCUGCCAGGCCAACAGCCAGGGACGCCGCCCGCAGCCGUGGCAGGUGCUGCGAGCAACCCCAGCCUGGACUCCCUGCCCCGGCCCCCACAUCACUCCAGCCCCUGCCCCUCCCCGACGCUGACCGCCCCCAGGCUGGCUUGCACUGGACUCGGAGGUCGGGUGGCCCCCCAGCAGCACCCUGGGUGGCAGGGGGCCUCCGUGAGCCGCUUCCUCCCCAGCCCCAGCGGGGACAGCGGACACCCCAGCUCCAGCUCCCCGAGGAGACCCACCCGCGCCCUGCCCCCGAGGUUGGGGUCCCCUGCCUCGAGUGGGCUUUUCCCCCCCGACGCCCCACGUGCCAAGCUGCCCCGCCCGAUGUGGGCAGGGAGAAGCCUCGCAAUAAACGGCGGGUCACCCAGCCCGGCCUUCUGCUUACGGGAUCAGUUUGAGGAGGUCGUGGCGGG